AUGUUUCUAACAUUAAAACUAUUAGGGAAUCGUCACCCCUCUUUUAUUGCACGCACCGUUUUUGUAAAAAACAACAAUGUAGACGAUGCUUGCAGAUUACUUAAUAGAAUUCUGGGAAAAGAGGGAAUUUUAGAACAAUUCAGACUCACAAGAUAUUAUGAAAAACCGUUUCAGACAAGACGGAGAGUGAAUCACCAGAAAUGCAAAGCAAUAUAUAAUGAAGAUAUGGACAGGAAAAUCCAGUUUGUUCUUCGCAAGAAUAGGCAUGAACCAUUCCCUGGAUGUUAUUAA